AUGACGGCUGAAAUUGUCGAGCUCGACGCUCAUGAGCAGCCCUCGGAGGCGAUGCGGGCACAGUGGAAGGGAUACUCCAGAGCAGACCAAAAAGAACUCAUAAAUGGAGAUUCUCUCGAUGAUACGAGAUCUCCAGAACAAGCCGGGAAAUUCUCACAGGCUGGCAAGAUUUCCGUUGAGCAGCUGGCCGCUGCUUUCUCACACUUGGGCCCGCAUGCCGUCGAUACCUCGUUACUCAAAGAAGUUCCCAUCUUAUAUCACCCACUUCUGCCAGGCCUUCUCAUAGUACCGGAUUUGGUUCCUCCAAAAGUACAAAAGACCCUGCUCUCAUUGAUGAUCAACCGAGAUCUCAGCGUCCCAACACACCAAACCAAUCUUCACCUGCACUAUGACCUGCCCUACCCAAAGGCCCAAGACGGGUCCGCCGAAUCCUUCUUCUCAUACCCGCCCGAGCCAACACCCAUAUUCACCCCCAAGGACCCCUCCGUCCACAAGCCCUUAUCCAUCAAGCAGGUCAUGGAGCGCCGUCUUCACUGGGUCACGCUAGGCGGCCAGUACGACUGGACGAACCGCAUCUACCCAGAAGAGCGCCCGCCGCAGUUCCCGUCCGACAUUGCCAACUUUCUCGAGACCGUCUUCCCCGAGACCCUGGCCCAGGCCGCCAUCGUCAACUUCUACACGCCCGGUGACACGAUGAUGAUGCACCGCGACGUCAGCGAGGAGACGGACAAGGGUCUCGUCAGCCUGAGCUUCGGCUGCGACGGCCUCUUCAUGAUUGCGCCCAACGAGCCGGACAAGAUCUCGGACGAGGCGAGGGCGACGGGGAAGGAGUACCUGCUUCUCCGCAUCCGCUCCGGCGACGCCAUCUACAUGACCAAGGGCUCACGGUUUGCGUGGCACGGCGUGCCCAAGGUCAUGAAGGGUACUUGCCCUGAUUACUUGGCUGACUGGCCGGCAGAAGAUGGAAAGUACGAAGAGUGGAAGGGCUGGAUGCAGAACAAGAGGAUCAACCUCAACGUAAGACAGAUGAGGGACUGA